UGUGACGGGGCGAGUCCUCGUGCGUGUUUUCGACGCGUUGCGAUGGCGUGAGCGUCGCGUUUUGCCUUUCAAUUCGACGUCUGAUUCUUUUGUGUGCGAUUUGUGACUGAUGGCGGUCGGACGGGGGGUCGUGGUCGCGAGGAAGGGGUUGGUGCGUUAUUUUCCGAGUGUGUAUGUGCGAUUUGUCGCCUUUUCGUGUUCGCGAUUGUUUCCGUGGAAGGUCGUGCGGUGGUUGUUAUGUGGAGGGGGCGUGGUCGUGCCACGUGUCAUGCUCGUGAUGGUUUUGUGUGUUGGAUGUGAGUGUGAUGGUGGGUAUGGUGGUGGUGGUGAAUGUUGGUUGAGGUUGGUGGGAGAUAGAGAAGGAGAGAGUGUGUGUGUGUGUGUGUGUAUGUGUGUGUGUGUGUGUGUUGGUUGUGGGUGUUUGGCUAAUUGGAUUAAGAGGAUAUUAUGGGUGUUAGUAGGUUUUCUCAUUAAGUGUGUUAGUCAUUUCUGUUUUGUUGCUAGUUGUUGUGUUUGUUUGUCUGUUUGUUUAUCUGUCCAUCUGUCUGUUUGUCUGUCUGUCUGUCCAUUUGUCUGUCUGUCUGUUUGUCUAUUUGUUUGUAUGUCUCUCUAUCUGUCCAUUUGUCUGUCUGUCUGUUUGUCUCUCUGUCUCUUUGUCUGUCCAUCUGUCUGUCUGUCCAUCUGUCUGUCUGUUUGUCUGUCUUUAAUCUCUAAAUUCUAUAGUUUAAAAUACAUGAUUCAAUUGAGUGAAUGCUACUUUGGAGGUCUGUCUUUGUCUGUCUGUCUGUCUCUUUGUUUCUCUUUCUGUCUGUCUCUUUGUCUGUCUGUCUGUCUGUCUUUUUGUCUGUCUCUGUGUCUGUAUGUAUGUCUCUCUGUUUCUUUGUGUGUCUGUCUCUUUGUCUGUCUCUUUGUCUGUCUGUCUGUCAGUCUCUCUGUCUGUCUGUCUCUUUGUCUGUCUGUCUCUUUGUCUGUCUGUCUGUCUGUCUCUUUGUCUGUCUGUCUGUCUCUCUCUCUCUCUGUCUAUCUGUCUCUUUGUUUGUCUGUCUCUCUGUCUGUCUGUCUGUGUGUCUGUCUGUUUUGUUUCUUAGAUUAA